AUGUCAGGGGAGAUACCAAAACUCGAACAUAAAGAAGCGCCCCUUGAUAUAGUAUUUGAUCGAUUGAAGCUCAAGGCGCUCAAACCACAGACCUUACUGAAGAAUACACGGUUCAAAGUUCCCAGCACGGCUCAAAACACUUCGAGCAAGUCCAUAAUAACUACUCGUGAGCCUGACCAAGAACCAUCAGCAAAUAUUCCCGAUCAGUCCGAGACUAACGCCAUGGCUCAAAACACUCAGGACACCACGGCUGAAGACACUACAGCUCAAAACAUUACAAGCACACUUGACGCCCUUCAUCUUGACCCUCCAAUCACUCCACCCGAAACCGUGGAAUCCCUUCGUGCAUAUGAAAAAGGGCCAGGCGAGGCACAGAAGUUUUUAGGUGACAUGGAUCGAGAAAUCGUGGCAAAUUUUCUUUACUUCUAUAACAGUCUCGAGACUGAUGAACAUCAGAAAGACUGGAGUAUGGUUGAUCCAUUACUUCGUGAAAAAUAUCUUCAUCCAGUCCCCGCGUCGAAGGGCGGUGAAAUCUCGGCGUUCCAAUUAUGGAGAACACCUGCUUUGGACAAUAACAAGUUGUACAAGACCACGGACGCACCAGAAACAAUAUUACCUUAUACCAUCCGUCGAGGCCUUGGAAAAAAGGUGUCCAUUGGGGACGACAAUUGGGUCAAACUUAACAUUCUUCGAGUUUGGGAAGCAAAGCCUGGUGAUCAGGUAGAUUCUUCCCUGAUUGGAGAUGACGUUUAG